AUGGCCAAACCCUUGGUAUCUUCCUGUCCGAUUGCAUGUGCCUUGAACAUGUGCUUUCCUGGACAAAUCAAGUUUGUUGUCAGUUUGGCUGGAGAAAUACCAGCAGAGCAGCAGGUAACGCUGGCCUCUUACAAUUCCCUGGCUUCUGCCAUGGUGGAGCUGGCGGGAGCUGUUCGGCAGAUAUCUACUGGGGAUCCAUCAGAAGCAGUCAAAACUCUUGUUUCCCAAGUGUUGGAACAAAUAAAACGAAAUUUGGAGUCUAUUGAUUCAGCUCCCGCGCUCACUCAAGGAAGUGUUAUUAUCUCAUAUCGGCUUGGUGAUUUGAGGCUCAUGCUGCGCUAUGAGACAGACCGAUACGUUGAUGUAACCUCAACUGUAGAUGUAGGAGUGGACCCACUAUCCAGUAUGAUAGAGUCACUAUCCCUUCACUCAACUAGUAAGCUUCCUCAUAUGUCCUCGACGAGGACCGCAUUGCGGAUCAAAAAACAAGGCCAAACCGUUCCAACUGAAUCAACCCUCAAAAUAAAAACACGGGUCUUUCACAAGCAGAUCGACCUUCAAGAGGUUCUUCCGCAGUUGUGGGUAUCUCAAACCCCCAAUCUCGUGCGUGCCUACCACAGAAACGGUGUGUUUGAGCUGCCAAGAGUUAAAGACGUCACGCCUGAGAUCAAGAAAUGGGACAAUGAACACCAAGAAGAUCUCAUGAAACUAGCUACGAUAAUCAAGAGAAUCAUCAAAGUGGUAAAAGAGAGUGGCGAGAAAGCCGUUGUCAAGUAUAAUGGCCAGCAUAAUGAGUUAGUGGUCUGGAAAGCCGAAGGAAGGCAGUUGUUACCACAUGACAUUUAUUUCAAGCUGAAUAACCAGUCAACAGUCUUGGAAACAAACACCUCCUCAGCAAAUCGACCAGAGACCCAAAAGACGAAAUUGAAAUUUGGAGGUGUUUUGUACGAUAUCGAUCUCUCCAUGAUUCCAUACCUUCGUUCUUUUGUCGACUUCCAACGUAGAGCUCAACCUCAGGUCACAAAAUUUGAUCACGGCGCUAUUCCUUUGUUUGAUGUUGCCCUCAAAGGAAAUGAAAUAGGCUACAGGCAUUGUUUUCGUUCGUUGCCUGCCGAUCUCUCUCAAUAUUACACACUUUGUGGAACAUAUGAUUUUCUCGGAGUCGAUGUUCUUGGACAACAAUCGAUCGAUGAUAUUUUUGUCGACCUCAGAGCCUGCAAAACCACUUAUGAGCUCGACUACAAGCGGGACCGAACUGUUAAGGGCAAUAAAACCAUAGCAAGGAAUGCAGCAUUUCGACUUAUGUUUCUCAUAGUCAUUGGCAAGUUCCACAUUGAAACCAAUGACUGCGCUAAAUUUUAUAACGCUGUGCUAUUUGUUGUGUCACACCCAGGUACUUUCAAAUGGCGCACAAGGAUUCUGGUGCUUGCUGCAUACAAGGAACGGUUUCUUAUCACUUCUAAGCAGAGUGCUCAGUUGGAUCAAUGGUGUCGAAGGGUCAAUCAUGGAUCAGAGGAUGAGGGGACUACAGAUGAGAAAGACUCGGAGCCAUAUUACUCCGAUAGCUCCUAG